GGCGUUGAACUAGGGACUCCGGUUCAAUUCGCGGCCUACGUUGUGGGGAAAGGGUAUUGGCGUGGUAUACUGCCAGAUACGCCUGGUGUUUUCCAAUACGAACCUAAAACGAGAUAUACUUCUGUGUUAGUUCGCACUUAGUCCCGAAAGGACGAUCACUAAGCUGGACCAUAACAGGAUGAUGCACUGGUUAAGUGUGGCCGUGGUGGUUUCUACCCUGACGACGGUGAUCCUUUGCGAAGGUGAUUUCGAUUGUGCCUUCGAGGGCACACUCUGUGGGUGGACGCAGCCUCCUAUGGCCUUCGAUGUUGAAUGGGUGGUACAGCAAGGAGCCACGCCCAAUGCAAACACCGGACCGGAAGUUGACAGAACGACGGGAACAAUCUCGGGAGCGUACGUGUAUUAUGACGGACGGAGUUACACGGCAGAUGGCACAGCUACUUUGAAAAGUCCGGAGCUAGAUUCUCGUUUUUCCAACGGGAAGCUGUCAUUCUGGCUCAAUAUGUACGGAAGUGGAAUAGAUUCGCUCCGCAUCUAUCAACGGCCAGCUGACGUUUUCUCGCAUCCCAAUUUGGAACUCUUGAUAAUUACCGGGCAACAAUCUACAGAACCGAUGUGGCUCCAUAGAGAGGUCAACUUAACAGAAGUUAGCUACAACUUCCAUAUCGCAUUCAAAACGACUGAAGGAACGUCUAUCGAGUCAGAUGUUGCGAUCGAUGAUGUGGAACUCAUAUCUCCCGAAAUUUCCACGACGGAUUCGUCGAUUGUCACGACCAAAGAAGCAACCACCACACGACAGAUUGACGUACAGUCCACUACAGGCUCGACAACUGAACUUGUUGGUUCAACAGAAUCACAGCCGAUCGACCAAACCUCUGCUAUUGACUCAACAGGUGUCGAUUUCAAUUGUGCCUUCGAGGGCACACUCUGUGGGUGGACGCAGCCUGCUAUGGCCUUCGAAGUUGAUUGGGUGGUACAGCAAGGAGCCACGCCAAAUGCAAACACCGGACCGGAAGUUGACAGAACGACGGGAACAAUCUCGGGAGCGUACGUGUAUUAUGACGGACGGAGUUACACGGCAGAUGGCACAGCUACUUUGAAAAGUCCGGAGCUAGAUUUUCGUUUUUCCAACGGGAAGCUGUCAUUCUGGCUCAAUAUGUACGGAAGUGGAAUAGAUUCGCUCCGCAUCUAUCAACGGCCAGCUGACGUUUUCUCGCAUCCCAAUUUGGAACUCUUGAUAAUUACCGGGCAACAAUCUACAGAACCGAUGUGGCUCCAUAGAGAGGUCAACUUAACAGAAGUUAGCUACAACUUCCAUAUCGCAUUCAAAACGACUGAAGGAACGUCUAUCGAGUCAGAUGUUGCGAUCGAUGAUGUGGAACUCAUAUCUCCCGAAAUUUCCACGACGGAUUCGUCGAUUGUCACAACCAAAGAAGCAACCAGCACACGACAGAUUGACGUACAGUCCACUACAGGCUCGACAACUGAACUUGUUGGUUCAACAGAAUCACAGCCGAUCGACCAAACCUCUGCUAUUGACUCAACAGGUGACAAACAUUAUAAACCCUCCUGA